GGUCUUCCCCUCUCCUUGCCUGUCGCUGUCAGUUCAGCCCGGGCGCUGUCCGAGGGCGCAGCGGUUGGAGCCCAGUUUGCCCCAAAGCAGCAGCAGCUGCUGCCCCCAAAUUUGCCCCUUUCUGAGGGUUUCUGCCAGCUUCCAGCCAGGCACCGUCCCACGGGGCUCCCUGGCGAGAGGGGCACCCCCUUUUUUGCCAUGCACCCCUUCACCCGGGUGAGGGGCUUCGCGGUACAGCUGGACGGCCACCCCGGCGGUGGCACCGUCUACCGGGGCGGAGAGGUCCUCUCCGGGCAAGUAGUGCUGGACGUCGCCAAGAGGGUCAAGGUGAGAGAAUGCUGGAAAUUAUUUUUAUUUUAAAAACCCUGAAGUUAUGCUAUUGGGAUCUACAGGAGUUGAUGGAUUUAUAGAGUAAAAAAAGACAGGCAAAAUAAAUUAUGGAACUAUGCAGGAGAAAUGAGAUAAUUUAAACCCCAAGGAAGAAAGAGGUCUUAGUUGUGUUGUGUUGUGUUGUGUUGUGUUGUGUUGUUGUGUUGUUGUGUUGUGUUGUUUUAAAAAGGCAAAUGUUUAAUGCGUGUUUCUUAAGCUUUGCGUAUAAAUUUCCACAUCAGUGUAACUUUCAAAAGUCACUUGUAAGAAGGUGAAGGAGGUUUUGAAACUGGAUAAGAUUUUAUGGACCUGCAGGAACAGGCAUAAAACAGUGGAAGGGGAGAGGUGCAAAAAAAAAUAUGGUUUAAAAAUUGUUUUAUGAUGUGCGUUUUUUCGUUCUGGGAUGAUUUUGUAUUGUUGUUUUUUCUUUUCAUUUCUGUUAUUUGUGGGAAAUUCAUAAAAUGUUGACAACAACAAAACAACAUAAAGGUGAGAGCGCUGGCCGUCUGCGCCCGUGGCCUGGCCACUGCCCACUGGCUGGAGGGCAAGAGCGUUGGCAUGAACACCAUCUACAGCGACUACACGGCCUUCCAGACUUACCUGAGAAGGAAGACGCACCUGAUCCCAGGUAAGAGGGCAGGAGAGCAGGCUUGGCACUGCCGUCGUGGGUGCCACGCAGGGUGCACGGCCCUGGCGCAGAAAUCUGUGGGUGCCACACAAAAUGCAUGGCCCUGGCGCAGAAAUCUGUGGAUGCCACGUGGGGCGCAAGGCCCUGGCGCAGAAAUUUGUGGGUGCCACGUGGGGUGCCUGUCCCUGGUUCAGAAAUCUGUGGGUGCCACACGGGGCGCAAGGCCCUGGCGCAGAAAUCUGUGGGUGCCAUGUGGGGUGCAGGGCCCUGGCGCAGAAAUUUGCAGGUGUGCGGCCUCUUCGUGGGGAAUUUGGCGAGAGCUCGGGCACCUAUAUAAUUUGAGAGGGGUUCCCGCACUCGCAACCCGGCAGAUCUCCGUCUCCUUGCUCUUUUGGGGGGAUAUUUUAUUAUUAUUUUUAUUAUAAUUGUUAUUCGUUUUCAAUUACAAUCCAAUCAUCGCCUUGUUAUGACAAUUCACAGCGGUUCACAACACACUAAAACACCAGAUAAAACAAUCCGCACCCAAACUUUCCCGAAGAAAGUUGGGUAUAGAAAGCACAUUCAAAGCAACAAAAUUAACAGGAAACUAAAGCAUUCCAAAUAAAACAUUGCAAAGGAAGUCGGUCGCAGGAUACACAUUUGAUGCGGCGAAGGGAACAAACAUCGUAAAGAUUUCAAAAGAAAACAUUGGAAGUGAAAUAUGCAAUAUAUAUUGGCAGUUUUAUUUCCAGUUCCCUUGCUCAGGAUCUCGCGAGGGUGGAAUUUGGCCUUUUCACAGCUGCCAGACCCAUUUCCAGGCAGCGAAACCCUUCUGGGGAUCUCAGAGACGCUGUUUACUCAGCGACACUCGAACGCAGAACCAGCUCGGUAAACGCCGAAGCUCCUCGCUGCUGCUUGGAUGCGGCACGACUCGGCUGAUAACUGCUUGGCGACGCUUCCUGGCGCAAAAUCGCUGGGCAUAUUUGCCCAUUUAGGCAGGCCCAUAUGGCCCACCCUGACCGGUGGCAGAAUCAUAGAAUUGGGAGGGGCCUCGAAAUCUCCUUUCUUGAGGCUUGAAGCCACGGGUUCGGGCAGUGCCAGAUUUACGUAUAAGCUAAACAGGCUCUAGCUUAGGGCCCCACUCUCUUGGGGGCCCCCAAAAAGAAUUGAAGGAAAAAAACCUGGAUGUACAUUUCCAAAAUAUCUAUCUAUCUUUCUAUCUAUCUAUCUAUCUAUCUAUCUAUCUAUCUAUCUAUGCCAGUGCCAGACUUACGUAUAAGCUAAACAAGCUCUAGCUUAGGGCCCCACUCUCUUGCGGGCCCCCCAAAAAAUUUAAAGGGGAAAAAACUGGAUGUACAUUUCCAAAAUAUAAGAUGAAAAACAAAUGGAAUAAAACCUACCUACAGCAACAGUGUUUUGUGUUGUGUCGGCUCUUAGGAUGUGAGUAAUGGGCCCCGCCUGCUAGCUUGCUCCCUAAAAUAUCCCUGCUUUGCUCCUUUCUAUAUAUGGGGUGCCUGCAUUCUGCUAUUUAUCAUUCUUAGUAGUUUGCAUCAUAUCUUUACAGCUAUUAUUAUUUCACAUUAUAGCAAGUAUCUAGAGACUAGAUGAGGAGUCUUUGUCAAUUGUGUUUCCAAAGGAACUUUUGUUCUUGCCAAAUGCCAAUGUUUGCAUUAUUCAGUUUGUUAGGAAUCAAAAAUCAUUUUAAGUUAGAGCUUCAUCAUUAUUUCACUAUUGAUAAACUUCUUCUUAACUGUAUUUCAGUUCAACAAUCACUUUGAUAAAAUGCAUAUUUUGUGAUGUGCAAAUGGUUUGAGAUGCCUAUGAGAUCCAUAAAAUACCAUAUAGCAUAUAUUCCACACAAAAAACAGCGACAAUUUGUUGUGGACAAAGGACAGCUGGACAAUUAAAGGGCCCCGUUACCUUAAGUUGCUUAGGAUCUUAUUUAUUUUAUUGCUUUCAUUUUAUGGAUCAAUGGUAAAAUUCAUGUUCAAUUGCUGUUUUAGGAGUUGUUUUUAAAAGUCUGGAACGGAUUAAUCUGUUUUGCAUGACUUCCUAUGGGAAAGCGCGCCUUGGUUUAGGAACGCUUUAGUUUUGGAACGGACUUCCGGAACGGAUCAAGUCUGAGAACCAAGGGACCACUGUAUUUGCUAAGCCCAAUUUAGCAAAAACAUCUUCUGGUUGGUUUUUGGUAACUCUGUUGACCGACGCUGUUCCUUUUUGAGCCACUAAGCGUCACCGUUGUCCUUUGCAACCACAACGUGACGGGAUUCGAACUUAGUUCUCAGCUGAGGCCAGGAGGGGUCAGCAAAGUCGGUGGAAGACGGUGCCAGGGGACAGAUGGCUCCAGCUCCCUUUGCUCUGGUGCCAAGGACUGCCCCUUCUGCGCCAAACAAAACGUUUUCUGUGUUGCUGUUGUUGUUUUCUACCCCUCUUGGUCCUGUUUUCCCCUGGAAAUACUUUUUUCCUGGCUCAUCCUUUCUCUGGCAGUGCAUGAUGGAGCCUCCACAGAUCGCCGCAGUCUACCUGAUUCAUUUAUUCUGCCCUGGAUGCUUUAGCUGAGUUCCCCGCAGAGAGAGGCCUCAAGACCGCCCAGUGAAGCUUCGGUGGCGAUUCGAACCCAGGUCUCACUCCCAGGUCCUAACGGGCCAGCACUCUAACCACUGUGCAACGCUGCCUGCAGGGGUCGGAGGUGCAUAAACGCCGCAGGGCAUGAGAGAUCUGGCUAGGAAUCUUCUCAGGCUGGGAGCAGGACACUGGCGGGAUCCGAAAAGGGGAUUUCGGGGACCCCUACCCCCCUUGCUGUCUGCUUGCAGCCCCCCCGAGAUUUUACAUUUUCGCCCUGGGCCAGUUGGGCUUUGCAAGAAGCUGGAGAGAGAGGAAUUAGACUAGGAUCACAGAGCUGUCAAGUUUGAUGGGGACCUCCAAAGGUCAUCUAGCCCAACCCCGUGCAAUGCAGGAAUCCACCAAAAAACCUCCGGCAAAACCAGCGUGCGGUGAAGUCCAUUCCGCCAUCAAACAGCUCUUGCCAUCGGGAUCUCCUCUCUCUUUUCAAUAUAUAUAUAUAAUUUUUAUUAAUUUUCCAAUAAAAACAAAUUUAUAACAUCAUUAAACAUCAAAAACUCAUCACAUACCUUUCUUUCGUUUAGACUUCCAUCAACAUGUCUGAUAAUUUUCCGUAAUUAUCACAAAUCUUCACAUUUCUUAAUUUAUAUUGCACUAUAUAUAUCUUAUCUUACCAUGCUGUUUAAACAAUAUUUCUCCCAAAUCUUCUUACAGAGCUUCUUGAAAACUUUCAAACGUUAUAUCAUUAUCACAAAUAUUUUUAAUAUAGUCUGUAAAUUUACUCCAGUCAUCAGUGAAUCUUUGGUCUCGUCGGUUGCGAAUCCUCCCUGUUAAUCUGUCCAGUUCCGCGUAAUCCAUUAAUUUCGAUCUCCAUUCUUCAAUCGUAGGCAUUUCUUCUUGUUUCCAUUUCUGGGCCAAAAGAGUUCUGGCUGCUGUUACUGCAUACAGAAAUACUUUCUGAUCGUUCCUUUUUAUUUCACCACCUAAUAUUCCUAAUAGAAAUGCUUCUGGUUUUUUAACAAAUGUAUAUUUCAGUAUGAAUAUGUAUAUUGAAAUGUAUAUUUCAGUAUUUUCUUUAAAGAAAAUACGGGAUCUCCUUUCUCAUGGGUUUUCCGGCCGGCGCAAUUCAGCCCCAUGAGGCCAGGAGUUCCCCUGUCUCCCACGGAGUUUGACGUGGGCCCAGAGGCACACCCCGUAUGCCCCAGAUUAGCUGCCCUGCCCGCCGGCAGAGAAACACGGGAACACCUUUCGUCUCUUUCCAAAGCCCGCUGGCCCAGGACCAAAUGACUGGGGGAGGGAAUCUAGGGCAGGCCCAGGUCAGGAGGUCGGGGGGCGGAAAGCGGGUUGGGGGGCGAAUUCAAAUGUGCAGGCCGCUUGGCACAUGUUGGUGGCGCAGCUCAAUCCUACACAGGCGUCUGGGAAUAUCCCCUUGCCUGCUGCUGCCAGUCAGUGUAGGCACCUCUGAGGUCCCCCUUGUCCGACUCAGUAAGAGGCAAUCUUAGUUUUCCAGGAAAGGGUUAGAACACCUGCUUUGAAUGCAGAAGGUUCAGUCUCUAGGCAUAGCUGGGAGAUACGCCUGAAUCAGCAACCCCAGGAAGCCGCUGCUGGCGGUCAGUGCAUGCAAUAUUGAGUCAGAUGGGCCAGUUGUCCUAUGUUCCAGGCCAGGGAUCCAGCUGGGAAUUACGCAAGAAGAGGAGAUGGUCUUCUUGAGACAGCCCUCUGGGGAAAAAAUCAGAUUUAAGUGUCGGUUACUUAACAGCUGCAAUUGAAUGGUAGAAUUGCAGAGUUGGGACCCCGGGGGGGUCAUCCAGCCCAACCCCCGUGAUGCGGGAACAAGCAGCGGUGAGUUGCAAAAGUUAACAACGCUCUGCAUUUUGCUUGCAUUUCUUCACAAUGGAAACUACCCGUCGCAAACGCUUGUUUGUUGAUUCAAUCCUUGUGCUGUUUCUGGUGGCCGUAAAACAUGAGGACCAGACUCUUAGUGUCUUUCGAAGGAGCAGAGCUUGGUGUGCAAAACGUCCCCAUUGGCGUAACUUAAUCUCUGGGUCCUGGGUUCGAGUCUCAUAUGGGGCCAAAUAUUCCUGCAUUGCAGGGGGUUGGACUGGAUGACCCCAAGGGGUCCCUGUCCAACUCUGGAAUUCUAUCAUUUCAGUUCAUUAAGCCCAAAAUAAGGGGCCAACAGUAAAUUAUUCUCUCGAAGGUUUUAACUGGCACUGAAAUAGUUCUUACUGUAUAUGUUUCCUUACUGGCUGCUGUUUCGUUGUUUAAUCCCGAUUUAAUCUUGACAAAGGGCGGUUUAUAAAUGGAAGGAACGAAAGAAUAAAUACAUUGACAGCCGUGCGUCGGAGGGUGAAUUAUAGCUUCGCAAGCGGCUUUUCCGUUGGGCAAUUUGCGUUUGCCUUUUGUAACUUUACGCGGCGCUACAAACCCCCCAAAUUCAAUGGAAACGUUUCUAAAUUGUGAUACAAAUAGAACCAACAAAUUGAAAAAUAAAUAAACGAGAGAGGGAGAGAUGGAUAUCUGUCUGUUGGCUCAGGCUUUUCAGCUUUCUGUUUGCCUUCCCUUCCCUGCCCAACUGGAGGAAAGUUUAUCUCUCCAGUCUAUCCAAAAGUGACCGGCCUGGGCGCGCAUGCUCGCUGCCUUGUUUUCGCCAAAGCCUGCAGCUGCCGGCCAGACCUGGGGGCAUUGGGGGUGGGAAGAAGGGGGGUGGAUGGGGGGUUCUGGGGGAGGACUUUUUGCCGCGCCCCGCCCCGCCUGCGCCCAUAGGGCGCUGGGAUCCAGGGGGCGCGGUUUGGAGAGCCUUGAAAAAGCUUUACGCGCGGCGCAGUGCGCUCAGAACAGCCGCAGAGGCUCAUUGACACGCGAGUUUGCCAGGAUGCUUUUUGACCGUGUGAAACGCCUUUCGGUGGAGCUGGAUUGCCCCGAGGUGGCCUCGCCGCCGGUCUUCAGCUCCGGGGAGAGCGUGGCCGGCCGCGUGGUGCUGGAGCUGUCCGGCACUGCGCGCCUGGGUGCGCUCCAUCUGCAUGCGCAAGGCGCGGCCAAAGUCCACUGGACCGAGUCUCGCAGCGCCGGAUCCAGCACCGCUUACACGCAGAGCUACAGCGACCAGGUGGAAUUCCUCAGUCACCGGCAGACCCUCCUGGCCCCGCCAGGUAAGGCGUCCUCUGAGCGCGGGCAGAGUGCGUAAUCUCGCUCUCCUCCCUGCGCUCCGCGGGAGCCCGGCGCGCCUGCUUGCCCGGCGCGAUCCGUCUCUCUCUUGUAAAGCCUCUCCGCCUCGGCGGAGUUUUUAAUGCAACGUGGAAAACUCCUUUUUUCCAAAGGGAAGCUGCUUGUCCAGCCAGCUCUGUAGGGCCGACACGGGCUGGCAGCGCUCUCCCCUCCUCGGGAGCGCCGCUCAAGCGCCCAGUCUGUUUCUCUCCACGUUGUUUGCGAAGCCUCUCUACCUCAGCAGGGCCGACUCAGCAGGGCAGCGGCUCUGCUACUUCCUAAAGAGGAGUUUUCGACAGGGAAGCUGUUUUUGGACCCGGCUCUGUAGUGCCAGCACUGGCUGGCAGCAGCCCUCCGACAGGGCUGCCGCUGCUUAGAGAACCCCAGAGCCUCACAAGUCAGGCUCUCGUGGUCCAGGCACCUCAACAUAUCUCCUGCUUCCUGAGAGCAGGAGACUCUCGGGGUGGUGGGUUCGAGUUUCGCGCUGGGCAAAAGGUCCCUGCACGGUCGGUAGAGGGUUUGCCUGAGCUGGAGACCUUCUGCACCCGCUAACCGCUGAGCUGUGGGCCUUAAAAACAGAGCAGGACCCUGAAUAAAUAGGGAGCUGCCUUAUAUGAAGCCCACCUUUAUUGCCCACACAGGCUGGCAGUCGCAGCUCUCUGAGAUUUCCAGGCAAGGAGUCAUCCCCCCACAUCUGGAAAUUGAAUCUGGGUCGUUCUGCAUGCAGGGCAGUUGCCCUACCGGCAGAAGACGAACCGUUUUGCCAUCCUUCCACGUUGCAUGGCGGGGGUUGAGCUGGAUGACCUUUGAGGGUCCCCUCCCAACAGUUCUAUGAUUCUUUUGCAUGCUCUGGCCCAGCUUUCCCUUAAGAAAGGCCAGUUGCCUUUGGAAAACAGGAUUUUCAGGUUUCUUGAAUCGGGGUGGGAUGCUUGUUUGCAGCUUUCCAGGGGGUAAAUUAGCGGCUGCCGGCUUUUGGGACCCCCCUCUGGCCUUGCUGACCUUGGCUCAACUUUCUAAGAUUUUGCCACAGCCGAUUCUAUUCCUGGUAGCCGGGCGCUUACAUAAUGCCAGACUCUUGCAAGACCCCCUGGGAUAUCUUGGGGCAUAUUUUCAGUUCUGGAGGGGGCACCUUCUGUUAAAAACUCCCCUUUGUAGGGCACCUGGGCUGUAGGAACUGAAUAUAUUUGUGUGGGGAGAGAGAAAUAUAGUUGUGCAAUACCUUCCUUUUGUGUCUUUUCACUGUGUCUGCGUGAACUUUCCCCGGUUGUUUAUGGGGAGCCAAAAAAAGUCACAUGCUUUUUGGCUGAGGGUGGAUGUUGUGUUGAAUUUCCCUCGUUUGACCGCUGCAGGAAAACAGCUCCAGAAAAACAUCUUCUUUUUUUAAAAGGUCUGUUAUUCGUUUCAACUUUCUUUAUUUCUUGUUUUCCCAACAGACAACGGAGACGUCACCGUCCUUCAGGCCGGACGACACGAAUUCCCUUUUACUUUCCAGCUGCCAGAGUAAGUCAAACACUUCUUAAAAAUACUAUUAUUCUUAUUAUUCUUAUUAUUUGAUUUGUGGGCACCUUGUGGCAAAAACCUAUACACCAUUGCAUGUCAGCGCAGCGGACGCCAUUCCAUGUCCCCGCUGCAUUUAUUAUGAUUAUCGUUUCGUUAUCAGCCUUUUGCCCAACCUGGUGCCCCCACAGGUAUUUCUGGAGGGUACAGAAUGAACCUUUGAAUCCCUUCCAACUCUAUGAAACGAAUUCGGUCAAUUUCAUACAUAAAAAGAACUUCAAAUCCCAGUACAAAAGACCGACCCGGAUUUUUUUUUAAAAAAAUAGUUUUAUAAGUUAAGCGCCUUUGUUUCUCAACGUGAUCCUUUUACGUGGUUUUGUGUGUUAUUUUAUGCCUUGUGACUUUUCUUGGUUGUAGUUUAGUAAUUUAUUUAUUGUCAGGAGUGAAUUUCUGUCCAGCUAUUAUAGUCUUUUGGGAGCUAAUUUUAUCGGGUCCUAUUACAGAUUAUGGAAUGUUCCUUUAUUAUUUGAGACGAGUCGUUUCAUUUUAAAGUUCCCUUUUUAUUGAGGCUUAACAUCUGCCGAUGUUUUGAGAGUCAGUUUUACUGGGUGCUAUUGUCUCCUAAUAGAUAAUGGAAUAUUCCUUUAUUUGAUGGGAACCGUUCCAUCUUAAAGCGACGUCUUAUUACGGCGCCUGUUCUUUCUUGUACGUUUGGUUGACUUAAACUGCCUUGUGUGUCAUCACAUAAAAAGGCACAAAUUAAAAGUGAAACGGAACGAAAUGCAAGAUAUUUUGGGUUGGGUUCCAGACUCGCAGGAGGAAAAUGUUUAGGGAAGCUUUUAAUAGUGGAUAAAUUAUUGUAUUUUCAUAUUUUGCUGGAAGCUGCCCAGAGUGGCUGGGGAAACCCAGCCAGAUGGGUGGGGUAUAAAUAAUAUAUUAUUAUUAUUAUUAUUAUUAGGCCUCGUUUUUCAUACUUCCUUUCCCUUGACAGAUCCUUGGCCACCUCCUUCGAGGGAAAACAUGGGAGCGUUCGCUAUUGGGUGAAGGCCAAGCUCCACCGUCCCUGGUCCUCCGUCAAGAAAGCCAAAAAGGAUUUCACCAUUAUCGAGCCCAUCGAUAUCAACACGCCGGCGUUACUGGUGAGUUGGCAAAGCGGUUUGGGGAGGGAUUUGGGUCGAAUUAGGAACCAGGGGAAGCACCCGGCCUUAAACCGAACCCCCUUCGCUCAGUGCUACCCCUGCAACAUCCGGGUCAGGCUGGAUGACCCCCAGGGGUCCCUUGCGAGUCUCCAAUUCUGCGACCGAUUCCCCGACUUCGGGAUAGCUCAGCCGGUAGGGCGUGAGGACCCUCGGGGUCGCGGGUUUGAGCCCCGCGCAGGGCAAAUUAUGGGGUCAGGCUAGAUGAACCUUGGGGUUCCUUCAAGUUUUGAAAUUCACACACACACACACACUUUAUUGCAUUUUCGGAAUUUACAAAAAGAGAUUAAAGAAAACAACUGACCACAUAUUCUAAGGUGAAAAUGAAGAUUGCAAAAGGCAGGAGAGAAAUGUUUAAAGGUCUAACGUAAUCAAAAUAACAUUGAAAAAGGGGAAAAAUAAUGCCGGUUUUGCAAUUCUGUGGCUGCCUGGCAAUGUUGGGUCUCCCUUUUUUCCUGCUCAGAAGGGCUAUUCCCAGCCCUUUUUGAACCCGGGACGUUUUGCCUUUAAUAAUAAUAAUAAUAAUAUCUUCUGGAAUAAUACUUGUAGUGUAACGAUGACCUUUGGACAUAAUGGAGAUAUUAAAAUUUGGAUGCAGAAGGAAAGGAUUAACAAUAUGAGGAGGAGGGAAAGUCCAGGAGAUUCUUGGGCCUCUCGCUUUUAUAUAUUAUGUUGUGAUGCGAAUUUUAAUCUGGAAAAUGGAUUUAAUAAUAAUAAUAAUUUGUCUUCCUUCUCUGCUUCUGCCCAUCAGGCUCCGCAAGCCGGUGCCAAGGAGAAGCUGGCGCGCGCCUGGUAUUGCAACCGAGGGCUGGUCUCUGUCUCGGCCAAGAUUGACCGGAAAGGCUACACCCCAGGUGAGUCGUGGGGGGCAGCCCCUAGAAGCGGAAAUCGGGGUGUGUGGGGUUUAUGGCAAAGCUCAGCCCAUCGGCCAGAGGACCCAGGGCACUUGACUCUGUGGCCUCCAGGGUUGGCAUGCGGGGAAUCUGCCGGUGGCCCUGCGGAAACGCAGUUGCGUCGAACCAUCGGGGCCACCCAGUGGUCAUCCAGCCUGACCCCCUGAAAAUGCAGGCGUCGUGGCUCGCGAAUCCCUGGCUGCUCAGCCCCCGUUAAAAAAACUCCAAGGACGGAGAGUUGGCUGGCAGCCCUUCGCUCCCCACAAGAGAUUUCCUCACUUCCCAAAAGUACAGCCAAUUGCGAUUUAAUAAUAGUAGUAGUAGUAGUAGUAACAAUAAUAAUAAUAAUAAUAAUAAUAAUAAUAAUAAAUAUAUUAUUUAUACCCUGCCCAUCUGGUUGGGUUUCCCCAGCCACUCUGGGCUGCUUUCAAUGGAGCAUUAAAAAGAGAAUAAAAGUUUAAACAUUGAAAACUUCCCUGAUUUUUUCAGAUGUCUUAAUAAUAAUUUUAUUAUUAUUAUUAUUAUUAUUAUUAUUAUUAUUAUUACUACGUACUGCCCUAUAUCAGCGGUUCCCAGGGCGCAGUUUGCAACCUUAAAAACACAUUGCAGAACGGCGAUAAAAACGUCAAAUCGCAGAAUCGUAGCGUUGCAAAGGGACCCUGCGGGUCAUCUAGUCCAACCCGCUGCGACGCAGCGGGUCUCGAACCCGCAACCUUUGCAUUACUGGUGCUCACAGUGUAAUAAAAAGUGGGAAAUCUAUAGAGGGAGCCCGGCUAAGUUUUCCUGGCUUUAGGAACAUGGUGCCCCCCCCAAAAAAGGGGUUUGCCACGUGUGUUUUCCUGCUCCCACCAACGCAGCGUUGCGCCCAUUUCCUUGACAGGCGAGGUGAUCCCCAUCUUUGCUGAGAUCGACAACUGCACCACCCGCACGGUGGUGCCCAAGGCGGCCAUCAUCCAGACGCAGACCUUUGUGGCGCGCGGCACCAAGAAGCAGAAGAAGUCGGUGGUGGCCUCCAUGGUGGGCGACGCCAUCGCGGCCGGCAAGAGGGAGGUGUGGCACGGCCGGGCCCUCAAGAUCCCCCCCGUGGGACCCUCCAUCCUCCAGUGCCGCGUCAUCCAUGUUGAGUACGCCCUCAAGGUGAGCCAAGGGGGCAGUAGGGUCUAGUGGGCGGAGCGGCCAGGGAGGGGAACACACAAAAACCUCUGCUGGGGGGGACGGACCCUCUAGGGUUUCCAGGGUGGGUGCGGAGAGCCAUUGGAGGCUGCUUGCUACGUCUGGUGUCGCCGACACAGGCCGGCAGCAAAGCCUAGUGGUCGGAGCGGAGAGCCAUUGGAGGCUGCUUGCUCCGUCUGCUGUCGCUGACACAGGCCGGCAGCAAAGCCUAGUGGUCGGAGCGGAGAGCCAUUGGAGGCUGCUUGCUCCGUCUGGUGUCGCUGACACAGGCCGGCAGCAAAGCCUAGUGGUCGGAGCCAGCUUGGCAUGGGAGGGAGGUGCUGGGAACCCCCUGGAAACAUCUGCAGUUCCAGGGUGGGUGCGGAGAGCCAUUGGAGGCUGCUUGCUCCAUCCAGCGUCGUUGACACGGGCCGGCAGCAAAGCCUAGUGGUCGGAGCCACCUCCAGCAUCAGCAGCCAAUACAGCGUGGGGAGGGAGGUCCUGGAAAACCCCCAAAACCUCUGCUGGGGGGACUCUCUGUGGUUCCAGGGGGGACGCGGAGAGCCAUUGGAGGCUGCUUGCUCCGUCCGGUGUCACCAACACAGGCCGGCAGCAAAGCUCACUGGGGUUUCCGAUUUGGGUUUUUGGAGAGUUCGGACUUGGGAUAUUCAGAGAGUUGGAAGGGAUCCCGAGGGUAUAAGGCGGUAUUUAAAUUCUAAUAAAAAUAAUAAUAAUACAGUGGAAGGUCGGGUUGCAAACGUGAUCCAUGCCGGAGUCCAUGUUCGCAACAUGAAGCACACGCAUGGGCUGCAAUUCGGUGCUCCUGCGCAUGCGCAAAGUGCAAUUUAGUGCUUCUGCACAUGCGCAAGCGCCGAAACCCAGAAGUAACCCGUUCCGGUACUAUUAUUAUUGGGGGGAAAUAUAGUCUCAUGCACGGAAAAAUACAGUAUUUUCUGAAUUUAUAUACCGCCCUACACCCGGUGGUUUGGGGGUUGGACUAGAUGACCCUCGGGUCCCUUUCCAACUCUCUGAUUUUAUGUUUUCAGCACUGAUUCUCUGCAAUUCUCAGAGCGGGGAACUCAUUUUCUGCAGCGGAUCCGUCGCUCUCGGGGCUCCGUGAGACGAAGGAGGCCAUGAUUUCGUUUUUAUAUUUAAAAAUUCCCCUGUUUUUCGUCCGCCCGGCAGGUCUGCAUCGAAAUCCCGGGGACGUCGAAGCUGUUCCUGGAACUGCCUCUGGUCAUUGGCACAAUCCCCCUGCACCCCUUUGGCAGCCGCACCUCCAGCGUCAGCAGCCAGUACAGCGUCAGUCUGGAUUGGGUCCGGAUGGGAAUUCCCGAAGAGCCCGAGGGUAAGAACCCCGUCAAAAACCUUGCCAGGCAAUCUUAUACAUUGUGCAUGUGUUGCAGAGGGUUUUCGCCAGCUAAGUCCUACUCAAGAGUAGACCCAUCGGCACCUAUCGAGAAAAGAUACAAAUUUGGAGUCUUUUAGGAAAGACCAGAAACCUCUCUCUCCAUAUAUAUAUGUAUAACUUUUCUUACAAAAUAGCUUUAUAUAAAGAACUUUUUUAAAAAAACGAUUUUAUAUAAAGAGCUUUUAAAAAACGAUUUUUACAAAGGGGACUUUAUAAAGCAACUUUACGAAAUAACUGCAUAUACAAAGAACCUGUGUAAAGUUGCUGGAAACCUAUCUAUCUAUCUAUAUCUAUCUAUCUAUAAAACUUUUCUUAUAAAAUAGCUUUAUAUAAAGAACUUUUUUUAAAAAAUGAUUUGAUAUAAAGAACUUUUGAAAAAUGAUUUUCAUAAAGGGGACUUUAUAAAGCAACUUUACGAAAUAACUGCAUAUACAAAAAACCUGUGUAAAGACUGGAAACCUAUCUAUCUGUAAAACUUUUCUUGUAAAAUAGCUUUAUGUAAAGAACUUUUAAAAAAAAAAGACUACAACUCCCAUUAUCCAUAGCCGGCGGGACCAUGGAUGAUGGGAAUUGUAGUCCGACAGCAUCCUGGUUGCUUUAGGCUUUAGGCUUAUCCCACCUGGCAGGGAUGUUGUGAGGAGGAGGAACAACCAGGUGUGCCAAGCCGCCUUGGGGAGGUGAAAAAGUCGGGGUCCCUAAAUAGAAUAAAAUAGAAUAAAAUAGAACCUGCUCCAAGCAACCCCGUAACUCUUCCCCUUGCGCUCUCUCUGCAGCUCCUCCCGAAUACUCCUCCGUCGUGUCCAGCGAGGGACCCCUGGAGACCCUCUCGCCGCCCGCCCAGGACAACGGCCCCCCUGGCAUCCUCGAAGGGCCCUUUUUCGCCUACAUCCAGGAAUUCCGCUUCCGGCCGCCUCCGCUCUAUUCCGAGGUGAGCUUACUGAGGACUAGAAACCCUGGGGUUUGAAAGGUGGUUGGCCGUGCUUGGCCGUCUCGCUGGUGGGGAGAAGGAGCAAGGCUGUUUUGGGUGUGGGCCCCCAGCGGUCAUCCAUCCCAACCCGCUUAUCACGCAGGGACCUUGAUUUGAACCCACGGCCCUGAGAAGGAGCAAGGCUGUUUUGGGUGUGGGACCCCCAGCGGUCAUCCAUCCCAACCCGCUUAUCACCUUGAUUCGAAUCCACCACCCGGAGUUUCGGGGCUUUUUGCACAGGCUGGGCUGUGUGUGGGCUUUUGCUGGGCUGCCCCUCCUCCAUAGCUAUCAACUUUUCCCUUUUCUUGCGAGGAAUCCUAUUCGGAAUAAGGGAAAUUCCCUUUAGUCACCCUGAGCCCGGUCUUGGCUGGGGAGGGCGGGGUAUAAAUAAAAAUUUAUCAUUAUUAUUAUUAUUUUUAAAAGGGAACAGUUGACAGCUACGCCCUCCUCCGCUCUCGAACCCCGUGCCUUGAAGCGGGUUGGGCUAGAUGACCGCCGGGGUCCCAUCCAGGAUUCGACGAAUCUUCGCUAACACCUCUUUCUCCUCCUCUUUUUCCAAGGUGGAUCCCAAUCCUCAAUCGGACGCCGCCAUCCGCCCCCGUUGCAUGACCUGCUGAGAGGCACCUGCCAUCGGAUCUCUUGGAACGGAUCUCUUUUGCUUUCCCGGGAACGGGAUCGGGCGAGGAAGGAGGAGACCCCGUGAUCUGAACGAGGAGAGGGGCUCCGGCGGGGAGACGGCUCCUUGACUCCCAAAGCGGCAGAGGCGAGGGCUUGGGGUGUCCCAGACCGACGGCACCGAUCCUGCGGGGUUUACGGAGGAGGAAAUGGGGACGCUUGAACCCCCCAAGGGCGAAUACCUGCCUUGUGAUUCAGACACUAUCCGGCAGUCCCGGUUUUUCUUUCGACAACACCUACGGGCGAGAAAACAGGGCGGGGAGAUUCCCCAGGCAGCGGGACAAGUUGCGGGGUUGAGCGAAAGUUUUGGGGUGACCCCCCCCUGAUUUUAUCUCCCACCCCCACUAAGCUUUGCAGAGACGGGAUUCGAACCCGCCGCUCUGGGAAGAUCCACCCUGUGGGUUUUUAAGGUGGGGAAAAGAAGGUCAGAACAACUUGGCAGGAGAGGGAAAGGAACCUUUGCGCUGUUGAAGGCAGAGAAAAUGAGUUUUUUGGGGGGUCGUGUGGGGUUUUCGGGGUGCAGAUCAGACCCCAAAUUCUGGGCAUUUCGAAGACGUCGUGGGGGGAAUAGAGGAAAAUCGUUUUCUUCUUCUUCUCUCUGAAAUUGCAUUCCACUUUCCAAAGCUUGCUGGUCUCCAGGGGAGGGACGUAUUUUGAUUUCCCCCCACAUUGGGACAGUGGCCUUACGUUGUAAAUAUGUGUAAAUAUGAUUUUCCUGAUAUGCUGUGGCUCCGUGCAGAAUUUACACAAAAGAACCGGUUUCCCGGUUCAUAUUUUUAUAGAAUACUUGCGGCCUUUUCAGAAACAACCCCCCCCCCAAAAAAAACCUGUGUUUGGAAACGAGGUUUUGUGGCUUUUUUGUACAAGUGUUGAAAUUAAAGUUGUGAAAUUUACUCUGUGUCGUCCUGAUUUUUUUGCCCAAAAUUGCAAGGAGGGGGGAGAGGGCUGGGGUGGGGUCUUGAACCCGACUUGGGACUCCUGUGGUUUCUGGGGAACCUUUGUGUGCAGUUAAAAUCUUCAAAAAUCGCCCUAAAUAUCAAUAUUGGAAGGUGAUAAGAAGCUGACUCCAAACACCCAUCUAAUACAAUACUGUCUGCACGGGCUGGCAGCAGCGCUCUGGGAUUUCAGGCCAGGAUCAUAGGACUAGUGUCAAUAAUGGAAAUUGAUAAGAAGCUGCUGUUAUCCCACUGAGUCCAAACAUCCAUCUAAGUCAAUACUCCCUGCACUGGCUGGCAGCAGCGCUCUGGGAUUUUUCAGGAAAGGAUUGUAGAAUUGUAGAGGCGGAAGGGACCCAAGGGUCAUCUAGUCCAACCCUGUGUAAUGCAGGAAUCUCUGCUUUCUUUUGGCCCCUGCCAGCGAGACCGGAGGGGGGGGGUCUGGGCCGUCCAGGACCCCCAGACCCCCUGCCCAGACUUGCACCCCAAACAGAGGUCCCUCUGCUUUUUCCCUUCACCCCUGGAAGCACACUCCAUUGAUUCCCGAGGUGCCGACAGCAACGGGUCCCGUCUUGGAACGGACUGGCGGAAAUGGCCCUCUGGGCAGGGGGGUCUCGAACCCGGCACCUUCUGCAUGCAAACAUCUGCCAGAUUUAGGUCUAAGCUCAACAAGCUCUAGCUUAGGGCCCCUCAAAAAAUUUAAAGGGGGAAAAAAUCUUUCCAAAAUAUAAGAUAAGGUAAAGGUAAAGGGACCCCUGACCAUUAGGUCUAGUCAUGGCCAACUCUGGGGUUGCUGCGCUCAUCUCGCUUUAUUGGCCGAGGGAGCCGGCAUACAGCUUCCGGGUCAUGUGGCCAGCAGGACUAAGCCGCUUCUGGCGAACCAGAGCAGCGCACGGAAACGCCGUUUACCUUCCCGCUGGAGCGGUACCUAUUGAUCUACUUGCACUUUGAGGUGCUUUCAAACUGCUAGGUUGGCAGGAGCAGGGACCGAGCAACGGGAGCUCAACCCGUCAUUGCGGGGAUUCGAACCGCCAACCUUCCGAUCGGCACGCCCAGGCUCUGUGGUUUAACCCACAGCACCACCCGCGUCCCUUAAAAUAUAAGAUAAAAAGCAAAUAAAAUAAAAUCUACAUCCAGGAACCGUGUUUAGUGUUGUGUUGGCUCCUCGGAUGUAAGUCAUGGGCCCUGCCUGCUCCCUCAAAUAUUCCUGCUUUGCUCCUUUCUAUAUAUAGGGUGCUGACAUUCUGCUAUUUAUAAUUACUAGUAGUUUGCAUCUUAUAUUUACACGUAUUAUUAUUUCAUGUGAUGGCAAGUGGCUACAUUCCGCAUGGACCGGUUGCGCGGCAACGUGCAAAUGGCUUGAGAUCAAUGACCCUAUAGCGUCUAUUCAACACACAAAAAACACACCGUUAAGUUAGUGCUUAAUCAUUAUUUCACUAUUAAUAUACUUCUUCGUUGUAUUUUUAACAUUGUUUUUAACAUUUGAUUGGGAGCCGCCCAGAGUGGCUGGGGAAACUCAGCCAGAUGGGCGGGGAAUAAAUAAUAAAUUAUUAUUAUU